GAAACUUUUCUUAUAGGUUGAAGAUAAAAAAAAAUGGGGCUAAGGGACAUAGGAGCAACACUGCCGCCUGGGUUUAGGUUUUAUCCGAGCGACGAGGAGUUGGUGUGUCAUUAUCUUUACAAAAAGAUUGUGAAUGAGCAUGUUUUGAAGGGUACUUUGGUGGAUAUUGAUUUGCAUACAUGUGAGCCAUGGCAGCUCCCUGGUAUCUCUCUCUUUCCUUUAAGGUGGCAAAAGCUGAAUGCAAAUGAGUGGUAUUUCUUUAGCUUUCGAGAUCGAAAAUAUGCGACGGGAUUCCGAAUGAAUCGGGCAACAACAUCAGGUUACUGGAAGGCGACAGGGAAAGAUCGAGUGGUGGUGGACCCAAGAACAGAGAUGGUCGUAGGGAUGAGAAAGACAUUGGUAUUUUAUGGAAACCGAGCUCCUAAUGGAAUCAAAACAGGAUGGAUCAUGCAUGAAUUUCGGCUCCACACUCCACAUAUGCCCCCUAUGGAAGAGUGGGUUCUAUGUAGAGUGUUUCACAAGAGCAAAGAAGAGAACAGCACCAAACUGAGCUCCCCAAUGAUGUUGGAGACCUCAUCAAAUGACACACCCUCUUUAAACCACCAAACAACUUAUCAACAAAUAAGCUAUUCCACCACACCUACCUAUCAAAGCCACGCCCAGUGCUUGCUAAACCUCCUUCAAUAUAAUUCUCAUCAGGAAAACAGCAAUGAAGUUACCUCCAAAGUCUAUGAGGGCUACGAACACUUCUUGUGGGACAUGGAAGAAAACAGCAGCUUGGGAGGUCAUCAUCUUCCCCGGGUAGCUUCCGAUGUAGGGAACACGAGAUUUGGGACUGAUAAAAAGUAUGCUUUCUCACAAAAGAUAUAGAAUACUUUUAUGGAG